AUGGCCAACAGAAAUAACUGCCGGCUGCGGCAGGGUUUGUUGAAAGCGAAACUGGGCCGGGCCGAAAAGAAGGCAGAUCCAUUAUACUCAAGGAAAGAGGUGUCUAUUGUUGUUAAGACCAGCUGCCCUCGUUCCUCUUCGUCAUCGUCGAGCAGCGAAGAGGUGGAGGCGGCACUCGUGGUCUUCUGCCUCGACCACGGCGGGGAGAUCGACCCUGAGCAUCCAAGGCUGGCGCGCACCAGCAUAGGCAAUGUGCCGUACCGCUUCCCCAGCCUCCAACUCGAGAUUAAGUGCCUGAUGCUAAGACCAUUAUGCCUCAAUAGAUCCAGCAGCCCCCUAUCCCCUUCUCUCUCUCCCGUGACCCCGCACGCGCCGCCCCACCGGCGAGCAGGCCGGCCUCGCGGGCUCGCUCCUCCGAGCUCGCCCGGCUGCCUCCACCGCACCAGCACCAGCCGAAUCGUGCAGAUCGGGACGCCGGAGAUUGGGACACCGAAUCAACACCAGCAGACAGCGCAUCCGCAGGAUGAUAGGAUUGAACUUAAUAUCUCCUUGGUGGCCCAUGAUAAAAAAUAUCUGAAACAGCUGCAACUUAUGCUCAUGCAGGAAACUGCACUUAAUCUCAGGUGUUACUUCCAUCAAAGCCUGGGAACUUCAUCUUGGGAAUGGUGUGAUGUGGAAGAUUUCAGAAUCAUGUUUGUGAAAGCGCUUCCUGGAAGGCUCUGGCUUGGGUUCUGGUUUCUUUUCUGCAAAGACAUUGUCAAAGUGCUGAUCCUCUACAGAUAAGCUUGAUGAUGUUUCAUACUUAUCAAACUGAGCCUCAGGCUCCAUUUGCCUGAUUGUAAGACUGGCAACAGCUUGCCCAUUUGCUUGGCUUGAACCUGUUUACUGAUCAGCUUCUGAUCCUCGCGAGUGAUGAUCUCCCUUUUUAGUUUA